UUUAACUGUAACGGGCUUCAGAGCAAGAUCGAGGAGAUAACCGUCUUCAUGGGAACCAGCUUCCCGGCAGGAUAUAAGCAGAGUAGUGCGUAUUAUUACGGGUAUAAUGUUUGGUUUUCACUAUGUCAUAUUUGACGUCAAAUGUUGUCAGUUGAAUGAAAACGGGUUGUCAUAUGGCAUCAAAUGCGUUCGUUGUCAUGUAUGACCACGCACGGUCAUAUAAAAUGACAGCCAAGUGAAAACGGCCUUAUUUAAUUUGACCGCCAAUGUGGCAGCAUUUGACACCUAAAAUUAAUUUGCCAGCAUGUUGGCAAUUUGUUUUCGUUUGACGCGUGCACAGCUGUUUUUCUUCUGCAUCAAUUUGCAGCAAAGGUAAAAUUUUCAAUAUUUUUCUAAAAGUUAACAUAUUAAUGUUUUACAAUGUGCUUUUCAGUGUCAAAAUAUGAGUGAAGCAAUGGACUCCAAUGAUUCCUCAGUGUUCGUUAGCCCAAGCGGUAGCACCAGUGGAACGAAGAAGCGGGUGCGAAAACUGAAGGAAAAGUGGACAAAUGAGCGAACGGAGAGGCUGGUGCAAGAAGUAGAAGCUAGAGAAGGCACGUGGAAUUUUCUUUCCACUGAAUACAGGGACAGGAAUUUGCGAGAGGCUCAAUGGCAAGAUGUGGCGGAUAUUUUGAAGAUGCCGCGAUCGGAAGUUUCAGCCAAGUGGAACAGCCUUCGCUGCUCUUUCCGCGCGGCCUUCAAUAGAAAAGGACAUACCAAAAGUGGGCAAGGAGCAGGAAGAGGGACUGCAAUGAGCCCGCUUUACAAUUCCCUCAAAUUUCUUGAGCCGACAUUGAGAAUUGAGGCCAGCACAACAUCAAAUUUAGGAAAUAAGUGCCCGUCGCCGCUGACCUCAUCUGGAUCCCCAUGUGACGCUGAAACAAAUGUGGAGUCUGACGAUUCACAGCCAACGCCAUCAACAUCACGAGCAGCGGGAGUACGACGUCGUGUUCAGAAAGAUGAUGAUGGGUUUUCCGAGGUGGUUGAACGUGCGUUAGAGACCAUGUCAGCAGCUGGGAAAAGUGAUGCUUGGGAUGAUUUGGUUCUGGUUUCAAGUUUAUUUCGUAAUUUCGUUUUGACUAAAUUCAAGUCUGAAAACUUCCUUUCAGCAGCGGCUGAACUAUGCGGCAAGGAUAGGAAACUGGAAAUUAAAGGCAUUAUGCAUAUUUGUGAAUCUGAUAACACUUUCCCAGGAGUUAUAUCGUUAACAUAUAAGACAAAUAACAGCGGUCCAAGUAUUGAGCCUUGCGGCACACCUUCAAUGACGCACAAGAAGCUAGACACAGAGCUACCAACGCAUACCGCUUGUGACCUCUCUUGGAUAUAA